AUGAGAAAUCAAAACAUGCAUAGCAUCGAUGAUGAUAAAGGAGAGUCAUUUUGUAAGACAAAGGUUCGAAUUAAGUCUUCAGUUGUUCCUUACUUGAGCGAAUUUACUAUUGAAAUAAACAGAAAUUUAACAGUGGGGGUAUUGAAAAAUCAGAUUAGUAGUCUAUUUAAAGGAUAUAUUAAUACAUUGGAUUAUCAGCUUAUAUUUGAUGGUUGUGUAGUGGGAAAUGAUCAGAAUAUUAGCCGGUUUAUUAAAGAUGAUUCAAAUGAUGUAACUUUCCAUUUGAUUACGGUUUCUAAAAUACUUUCAUCAUCAUCAGUGUCUCAGGAUCUAUCUAUGGCAUUUAAUGUUUUUUCUAAUGACUUAUUUAAUCAUGGUUUUUCUGGAACAGACAAAACGGAACAGAAUGUAUUUGAUGAAGGAAAUGACUCUAGUUCGAAUGAUAGACGCCAUAUACGACUGCCUAUUUAUUAUCAGGCAGCAGUUGUUGAUAAUAAGCCAUGUCUUUUUAAGAUUUCAAAUUAUCCUAGCGUAUCUGUUUUGAAUAGUGGCUCUGUUUUUUCUAUUGGAGAUGAUAAUUCAUGUCAGAUUUUGUUAAUGUCACCUGAAAAUGCUUCACAAUAUUUAAAUCAAAAUCUACAAAACGAUUCACAGUUUUCAAGAACUGCUAUUAAUCCAGAUCCACACCCACAGGAUCAUAAUGUAAACAAUGAUCGUUUGCGUAUGGCGUUUGUUCAUUUAUGGUUAUUUAUAAGAUUGGCUUUUUUUGUUGGUCUUUUUUCUGUAAACAGUUCAUGGAUACGAUUUUGUACAUUGGUUUUUAUUGCACUUCAGUUUUUUUUUUGGCAUACAGGACGUUUGAUAAGUAUAAGGCUCUUUUUUCAAAGAAUAAUUAAUCGAGACAGAGAUCGAGAUCCGUCACGAAAUGAGCGGUCUUCUCUCAAUUCGGAACAUGGAUUCUCUCAGCCUACAUCUUAUGAUCAAGAAGACACUGAGCCUGUCGAAUUCAAUUGGAGGAGAAAUUUAGGUCACAAAAUUCUUACAUUUAUUAUUAGUCUAUUUCCUCUGACAGAAUGA